AUGCCGAUUAUUCGAAAUCCAUUUGCGAGGAAACAGGACGUUCAGACUGGCUUACAGCCCUUCCAAGAUCAGAAUGCCUCGUCCCUUCCUUCUUUUGAGCGAGUCUCUACAGUCGCUUCUCGAGCAUCUUCGAUGAGCAUCAAAACGGCGAAGAGUGAAGAGCCCCCGGAGUAUAAAAUGAGUGUUGUGAACGAUAGCGGCGUGUAUUUACCUCCUUCUCCACCUGAAAAGAAGAGUUUCUGGCCUCGCAGCAAGGGCAAUCUCUCUGUAACCUCAAUCAAUACCCGAACGACUUCAAAUGAUGAGAUUGAUCCUUUUCCGAUCUCCAGAGAAUCUUUUGAUUCAUAUAGAAGAUCAUUCGAUAUCUCAGCUAGAUCACCUAUAAGUCCCAUCGAUGGAUAUAGUGGACGUCAAAGUCUUGAUUCUGCAAGACUGCCUCAAAUGCAAAGAUCCGCCAUUGGUAAUAGACGAUUCGAUAGACAGCCACCUACAGCCGAAGAAGGAUUCGAAGAGGUGGGGUUAAAUGAUGCCGCCAAUGACUCCACAAAGCAGAUUAAGAAGAAGGGCUUCUUCUCGAAAUUUGGUGAUGAAGCACUUCCAUCGUUUCAUAUGCCAGGGAGGAAGCGUGGUCAGAGUGGUACAGGGGAAGAGCUUGGUAACUUUCCAAAGCCAGGCAGUACGACUCCAAAUGUCGAAGUUGAUGAGGUUCGCUAA